AUGGAAAGUUUCAAACGCUGGAAUGAACAAAUACAGAAAACAAUAGACGAGCGCUUCAGCAAGCUAGAACAAAAUAACCAAGCUACUCCAGUAACGAUAGAAUCACCACCAGAAACAAGAGAUGAUCAAGCAUUGGCAAUGGAUCGAGACACAACAUUUUUCAACAAAAAUAUCGAAGCUGAAGGAGAAAAAUUUGAUGCAAUGGCAACUGGGAGAACAAAGUUUAGCAAGCCACAUGCACUACAGAUUGAUGCUACAUGGCAUAAUAGCUGA